CCCAGCACAGAAGUCACAGGUUGUACAAGUAACUGAGCAACAACAGCAGUUCCUCCUGAGAAUGUCGCGGCCCGUUUGGAGCUGUGUCCUCGCCUUGCUUGGGGCGUUUAUAUUUCAUGUCGGAGAGGUGCGGAGCCAGUGCUGGGAGAGCAAUAAAUGCGCAGACCUCAACAGCGACGACAGUAUUCUGGAUUGUAUUAAAGCCUGCAAGAUGGACCUGUCUGCCGAGUCACCGGUGUUUCCCGGGAACGGGCACAUGCAGCCACUCUCUGAAAACAUCAGGAAGUACGUCAUGAGCCACUUCCGCUGGAAUAAGUUUGGUAGAAGAAACAACACCGGUAGCGACAGCAACAACGCAGGCUACAAACGGGAAGAUAUCGCCAACUAUCCCAUAUUUAACCUGUUCCCAAGCAGCGACAACCAGAAUACUCAGGACAGCAACCUGGAAGAGGAGGAUAGGCAAGACAGCAAGAGGUCAUACUCUAUGGAGCACUUCCGAUGGGGGAAGCCAGUGGGCAGGAAGAGGAGACCCAUUAAGGUCUUCCCAACCGAUGCAGAAGAAGAAUCAUCGGAGAGUUACCCCAUGGAGUUGAGAAGAGAGUUGUCCCUGGAGUUUGACUACCCUGAAACUAACUCUGAAGAAAAUUUGGAAGACGGUGAGUUGGUGGAUAGCCCAAUUAAAAAAGAUAGGAAAUAUAAGAUGCAUCAUUUUCGAUGGGAAGGGCCACCCAAAGAUAAGAGAUACGGAGGAUUCAUGACCCCACAGAGAAGUCAGACACCUCUAAUGACUCUUUUCAAAAACGCCAUCAUUAAAAAUGCCUACAAAAAGGGUCAAUAGGAUAGGAUAAUCCCCAUGUAAAGCUCUUUCAGGUGAAACCAGCAUGUCUCCUCUAGGCUCCGUCAUCUACCCUACGAUCAACUCUUCCCAACCCACUUUGUAGCUAGCCGUAUGCACCCCAUCCUGAGUUUAUGUUAUGUCAUAAUGAGUUUUGAAUGUACUGUACAAAGUUAGUAAAACCUGGAAAGGAAGACGUAAAAAAACAGCGUUGUACAUAAGGAAAGGGUAGAUGUUUCUACUGGUGAAUCUCUAGUUUUUCGGUUUGCUAAAUUAUUUUCAUAUCUGAAGAAAUGUACAAUAAUGUAAAUGAAUGGGAAAUUAAACGUUUACAAUCUUA